GUUUCUCUAGUGCUCUUUACUAUGAUUGAAGUUAUUUGUAACGAUAGGCUAGGAAGGAAAAUUCGGGUCAAGUGCAAUCCAGACGAUACCAUUGGAGAUUUGAAGAAACUUAUUGCAGCUCAAACAGGAACAAGACCUGAGAAGAUUAGAAUACAAAAGUGGUACACUGUUUACAAGGACCAUAUUUCCUUGGCGGACUACGAAAUUCACGAUGGAAUGGGUUUAGAACUUUACUAUGACUAAAUAGGUCUUCCACAAGUAGUUGUGUUUGGUUGCAUAAAUCAGACAAAAACUUACAGAUAAAGUCCCUCAGGAACUC